UUGUUUUUAAGGACAAGCAAGAAUGUAGCAGUAUACAAGAUUGCGUAUUCUCUCCCUCAUUAACCAACUCACCAGUUAAGGAGACAGUCUUCUCCAAUUCUCCUCUCAUGUCUCUCAUGUUGUCACCACAAAUGAAAACUAAACAACAACAGUUUACUGCAAAUAAGCUACACCAGAAAGUGAAGAAGCUACAGAUGGACCUUGAUGCUCAGAAUCAUUUGCAAUGCACUUUAGAAGAUGAUCUUGCAGAGAAGAACCAAGAGCUUGACACAAAAAAUGCAAAAAUCAGAGAAUUGCAGAAGGAACUUGUGCAGAUGAGGAUGGUGGUUGAUGAACUGGAAUUCUUAGAACAUUUCAAAAACGACUAUGAGAGGGCAGAAAAAGAAAAUAACAAAUUAAAACAGCGAAUCACCGAGCUUGAAGACUUCAAAGUGCAGAACUCGAAUCUCGAGGAAAGAACUACACGUUUUCUGAAGGAAAAAGACUUGUUCGAGAAACAGGUAGAGGAGAUAAAGGUAACUCAAGCAAGAUGUGAACGUUACAAGCAACAAGCUCAUCAGUGGGAAUUCCAAGCCAGUGAACUGCAAGCAGCAUUGAACAGGCGAGAAGAAGAGAUUGGAAAAGUGAUCAAAGAAAGAGACGAAGCAUUACAUGCAGCAACAGAGUCAGCAGAGAUUUGGAAGGCUCGACAAGUCCCGGAUCCAGAUGCUGAAGACGAUCUAAUCCAAUUUCCUCCAAGCCCCGUGAAUUUGAAGGCACCAAAUCUCGAGUCUCGGCUGAUUGAAUUGGAGUUUGAAAACGAGCGGAUAAAGAAGCAACUGGCUUCCACCGUAGAACCACAGGAACUCCAACGUAUCAAAGACGCACUGGAAGACAUGGAGCAAUCGAAGAAAUCUUAUGAAGAAAAUUAUGUUGAAGCGAAAUGCAAAAUUCUGGAACUGGAAGAUAGACUGGCUCAGGUUCAAGAUCAGUGUAGAAUAAGAGAAGAAGCACUACAAAGAAAACUCGAAGAUUCCGAAAAAGCAUCGAAUUCCACGAAUGAAAAACUAGAAAACUCGCGUAAGGAGUUGACCCGCGUUCAGUCAGAGCUGAUGGUAUCUCGUCGAGAAGUCGAAGCACAUGUGAUUGCUAUGGAAAAACAACGACUGACGACAAGCAAAGCUAUGGACGACAUGGCAGCUGAAAGGAAGACGGUGGAGGAGAUGGCGGAGAAAAAGCUGAGUGAACUUCGUGGAGAAUUGGAAGCUAAUCAGAAGCAAGCCUUGGAAUCUUGUGUACAAAUGAGAAAAGAUUAUGAAUCUAAGAUAAGGAAUGUUACAGAAGAGCUCAACUCUAUCCACAAGCAAGACAGAGAAGAAUUGCUUCAAAAACUCGAAGAGGCUGCCAAGCAAAAAGACACCAUACUUGCUGAGUUCUCCCUUGAACGAGAAGACUUAAAACAACUCGUCAAGAAAGCUGAAGACGAAGGGAUCCAAGUGAGAGACAUGUAUGAAAACAUGGUGGCAGAUGUCAAGAAUGAGCUCGAAAACGAGAUCAAGAAAUACGAAGAACUGAAUAUUGCCUUCCAACAAGCAAAUCUCUCAUUUGAUCAAAAGGCAACCAAUUUCCAGCAAGAGAAAGAUCGAUUGUCUGCUGAACUAGCGCAGUCGAAGGAAAACGAAAAGCAGUUCAUGCAGGAUGCCGGUCGCUUGAAGGAAGAGAUUGAAUGUUUGCUCCAAAGUGAGAAGAACCUGAAGGAAAGAGGAAUCAGCUCGAUGAAAGAAAUACAAGACUUACGAACGUCAGGGCAAGAGCUGAGAGAAGAAAUUAAUAAACUAAGCGCAGAAAUAAUCGCUUUGAAAGAGAAGGAAUCAAAGGUUGUAGAAGAAAAGAGCUCGUGUGAGGCAGUCAUUGCGUCACUGAAGGAGAAGGAAGGUAUGAUGUUGGAGGAGAAGGCACAAGUUAGUCUAGAGGUUGCUUCGCUUAAAAAAGAUUUCACGACAGAGUUGAGGUCUAUUACUGAAACCCUUGAGAAAGAAAAUGAGGCAAACAUGUCAAGAAUGAAGAAAAUAAACGAAGAUUUGAAUAAGAAAAUUCAAGAAGCAAAUAAAGAGAUAGCAGAGCGUGGUCAAAGUCUAGAAGAACUUACUCAAACUUUCAGUAAGCUGAAACAAGAUAUGGAUGCGACAGAGGCAAGGCUGCUGGAUGUGACUCGCGAAAGGAAUGAUCUAGAAAAAGCACUAGACAAAGAAAUUCAACUCGGAAGAGAGAAGGUGGAAACGUUGUCGUUUCAAAUGGAGCAGCUGAAAACUGAGCAUACCAAUGCUGUACAAGAGAUGAUGAGCACAUUGCAAGACGAAAGAAAGAAUCAUAAGAAAGAGAAAAAAGAUAUGGAUGACGAACUACAGAAGGCAUGCCAUGGGUUAAAGGCUGCAGCAGACAAUAUUGAGGAACUCAGACAAACGAUUCAAGAAAAUGAAGAGAAAAUGGCACAAGAAAAAGAUAAAAUUAAGAGAUUGGAAGAGCAAAUUGAAACCCUUAAGGAUGACUCAAAAGAGAAGCAGAAAAAGAUAUUCGAAGAGGCGUCCAAGAAGAAUGGCCAAUUAGAAGAGGCUUAUGUGAGCGAAAGAAACAACUGGAAGAGAAAACUAGACACAGCGACGGAGGAAGCAGUUGCCCUGAGAAAAGAAAUGUUUGAAAGUUCACAAAAACAUUCUGCUGAAAUGAUGGAAUUAAGAAGGCUUUUACAGGAGAAAGAGGAAAACUACGGCAACGAGGAAAAGAAGCUACGUGAGGAGAUUCGUGGGUUUAUUGCAAGUCUUGCAAAUGAGAGAGUGACGAACAAUGAACUACAGGAAAAAAUCAAACAAUCUGAAACACAGAAAGAUGAGACUGCCAAGGCUUUGGAAGUCAGCGAAAAGGUGGUUAAAGAGAAAAUUGAGAAGUUAGAAGCCUCAGAGAAAGCGAAGAUGGAAGAGUUAGAUGCUAUGAAGAAUAGCUUUGAAUCUGAGAAGAAGCUACUGGCGGAAGAAAAAGAACAACAGCUGCAAGAAAAGGUUCAAGAAGUCGAGAAGAGCCGCCUUGACAACGAAAAAUUAACGAAUGAAUUGGAGCAAAUGAAAAAAGAAUUUCAAGAAGAAAAGGAGAAUAUAAACACUAAACACCAAGAAGAGAUGGAGAAGAAGAAAAAUAACCAGGCUGAAAAUAUGAAAAUAGUUGAAGAGUUGAAUAAAAAUAUUAAAUUGAUCGAAGAAGAAAAGCAUAAAGAAGCUCAGGAAUCGCAGGCAAAGAUGGAAGAAAUGAAAAAAGCAAUGGAGUUAGAAAUAAGUGAAUUACAGAUGAAGGUUAAAGAGAAUGCCAUUCCUUUGGAGGAGAUGAAACUUUCGUUGGAGACUUUGAAAGAAGAGAAGGAAAAAAUUGCAUCCGAAUAUGAAAAAUCGAAGGAAAAAUGGAGCGAAAAAGAAAACGAAUGGAAUGGAAGAGUUAAUGAGCUCGAGGAAGAAUGUAAUAAGCUCAAAGACAAAGAACAAGAAACUAUCAAAGAUGAAGAAGAGAUAGCCAUGAUGACAGAACAUAUGGAGAAGUUAGAACAAGAAUACACAGAACUUGAAGAGCUUUUUCAAGAGGAACGACAAGUCAGUCGGCGCCUUGGCUCUCAGGUGAAUUCUCUCGAAGCACAGCUCAAACAUGCAGACUUGACUUUGAGAGAACAGAAACAAACUAUCCAGAAUAUUCAGAACCAGUCUGAAAACAUCAAGAAAAAGAAACAGAUGCUUAUUGAAGUGGAUAAAGUCAUUCCUGUGCAGAAUGUCCAAGAAUUCCUGGACGAUAGUUCUUCUACUGAUGAUGAUCCUGAUAUGAAAGUAGAUGAUCUGAACAUACCAAACAGAGCAAGUACAACAUCUCUUGCCUCUACGAUGCCAGAUUCCAGAAGAUCUACGACUUCAUUCAACAGUUUGUCAAGAUCAAGUCUACGAAGUACGUCUAGUACUUACGGACGAGCUGUCGUAAACCGCCGACAGAGUGCAGUAUACCUCAAAGGUAAUACCCCACCAACACGACGAACAACUUCCAGUGCUGCCUUCUUUAUUGUUGGUGAUGAGUUCGCCAGGGACAUGGAGGAGGAGCCUCUGGAUCAUGGGCACGACUGGGGAAGACUGGCAGAACUCGAGAGAAGAAACACCAUUUGUCCUCCUCACCUGAAGACCUCUUACCCCAUCGAGACUCAAACGCGUCCCAAAUUGGAAAAUGGAAAGAGGGACACUAUGUUGGGCAGCAUGUCUGAUACAGGAUUCAGAACAAGAAAGAGGAAGUCGCUUGAGGAACUCUCUGCUGCAACUGACUCUAAGCUUCGCAAAGACCAACCAAGUUCCAAGUCGGAAGGUCAUUUAAAACGUAGCAAGUCCAAAAAGUUGACGGAGAAGGUGACCUCCAAAAUCAACUCCCUUCGCUCGAGGUCCAGCGAGAAUCUAAACAAAGAAACGGAGAAGAAAAACAGUGGUGAAGGAAACAUAGCAUUCAGUAUCGAUAUCACACCACCGUCGAAAAAAACCUCAAAGAGCAAUGUGAGCCUCAGAUCUCUCAGAUCAAGAAAAGGGUCCGAAGCGGCGGCAGAUGAAGCAGUAGAAAAAGAACCAGUACACAGUGCGAACGCCGCCUUUACCAUAGAAAAUUCUCCGCCUAAAACGAAAACUAACAGUUUGAAACCAAAGAGACGCCGCACUAUAAACAGAUCAACUGCAUCUACCCGGCUUGUCGCGGAAAAAGACAGAGAAAUCUGUAAGACGGAGAAGAAGAAAGAAUACCUCAAAAAGAAGCCGCUGCGACAGACUAACAUUAACUGAAAAGUUGCUUUGAAAGACACAGAGAGUAGGUAGUUAUUCUUGAAGGUGAUUACAUUGUAUAGUUUUAUAGCAGUUUUAGUGUGAUUUUAUAGGUUAAGCACUAGUACUCUGGAUGGGAAAUCUCAAGUUUGCAGCCUUUUUUACCAUGGCGCUCUAGCUAGCAAGGUACUCCUUAGUGCAAACGUUGGCCCCCUCCUUUGAUCGCCCGUUUAUUUGAGCCACAAUGCAGCCCAAAAAAACCAGAAUGAUCAAAGGAGCCAACGUCUGGACUAGGUGCUCCUCAAGUUUCACAACAUCAUCGACAGCCUAAAACCCUUUAAAGGCGCGAUUUCACGGAGUAAUUUUCUCUGCAACUUGUCUUGCAACUGUUGCGAAACAAAUUGCAAGAAUGCUUGAAACGGUGCAACGGAGACUCAAUCUUUGCAUCAGUAGAAAUGAAUUUUACUUUUUGCAACGAUUGGGUGCUGCAACUUGUCUCGCAACAUUGUUUUCAAAUUGCGAUGUAGGUUACACGCUGCAAUGCUCAAUGCAACUUGUCGCAGAGCCGUUGCGGGACAAAUUGCAAUGAAAACGUCUCCGUGUAAUCGCGCCUUAACUAUGGCAAACGAGACGUAAUCAUAUUGAUUAGAUAUGCAAUAGGGUUUUAAAAGCAGACUAGCACAAGUUCAUUACGACUCUCGCAGGAAUUUUAAUAUCAAUAAUUAUUUGUCAACCAAAUUAUGCCUUCGUCAAGACACAGUGAAGGCCAAUAGGAAUGGGAAGUAUAAUUAACAGAAUGGAAUUCGUGACUUGGAUUUUCCCAGAUAAAAUAAGAUGGGAAAUUUCUCUUUUAAACUAAUGUCUAUCAAUAACAAGGACAUUUCUUAGGGUGAAAAAAAGGAUUUUUUGCCUUUCAGCCCUCUUCCAUUUAGCCUCCCCUGCAGCGUUGUGACAAUACUAAGAACGGCUGCAGAAGAGACUAUCUGCCAUUAUCUAUAACGAAAAUAUAAUAGGUUGAACAUAUACACCUGUAAAUAGAAUGAUAACGAAUAUUAUGCAAUGUUACUUAGUAAUUUAGCUAUUUUAGUAAAACGAGUAAGAACAAUUAGCAUUUGUUAACAUGAAAUUAAGAUUAUCCUAGUGUCAAGGCUAUAUCUAGCUUAUUUUGGGUUUCCUUGAGAGAUAGGGGAUAGGUCUUUUCCAUAGUUAUUGUAGUCACCCCCAUCUUCACAAAAGUGGAUUAGCUCAUCGUUACCUUGUGUGCUGCACAUAGAAUCCUGGUGUAAAUACUAGCAUCAAAUAAAAAGUUUGGUAGACUAA